GCCAUCGCUCGUCGUGCAUGCUUCCUGUACAUGCAUCCCCGACUCCGCGAGCAACAAUGAAUAGACAUGGGUAUUCCAACUCAGGCGCAUACCCGCUGGGCGGGCGCUCACACUUUUCUAUCGAGCCUCACAAGUACGCAUGUCCCCGUCAAGGCCUCUCUCCCGCUAUGCGACGACGUCGCCAACUCAUGCUAAGACUGGCCCUGGUCGGCUCCCUUGUGUUGGCCGCCAUCUUCCUCUUCUUCCCUUCGACGCGCCAGGCCAUAUUACCUGCCCUAUCACUCGGCCUAUUCUCCGGAAGCCAGCAGCUUCAGCUGGAGACUGUCCGAUACUACGACCUUGCCAAUGUCCAAGGCACCGCCAGAGGCUGGGAGCGAGAAGAGAGAAUUCUCCUCUGCGCCCCUCUCAGAGACGCCUCUCCCCAUUUGCCAAUGUUCUUUUCCCAUUUGCGCAACUUGACGUAUCCCCACCACCUCAUCGAUCUGGCCUUCCUUGUCGGUGAUUCCAAAGACAACACUCUCCCCUUGCUCUCUGAUCUUCUGGCCCAAUUGCAGGCCAGCGAGAAGGAUGGCAUGCCCUUUGGCGAGGUUUCGGUCAUUGAGAAGGACUUUGGACAAAAGGUCAACCAAGACGUCGAGAGUAGACACGGCUUCGCUGCCCAGGCUAGUAGAAGAAAGAGCAUGGCUCAAGCACGCAACUGGCUUCUUAGUGCGGCCCUGCGUCCCACACACAGCUGGGUCUACUGGAGAGACGUCGAUGUCGAGACGGCGCCGUUCACAAUUUUGGAAGACUUGAUGAGACAUAACAAGGACGUCAUUGUACCCAGUAAGAAUCUUUGCAUCAAGAACACAAUUCGCAAUACUAACACGCUCGAAAANGACGUCUGGCGACCUCUGCCUGACUGGCUUGGUGGUGAACAACCUUACGAUCUGAAUUCAUGGCAAGAGUCCGAAACUGCUCUGGCCUUGGCCGACACGCUUGACGAAGACGCCGUCAUUGUAGAAGGAUAUGCAGAAUACGCCACCUGGCGUCCUCACUUGGCCUACCUGCGUGACCCUUAUGGUGACCCGGACAUGGAGAUGGAAAUCGACGGCGUUGGUGGUGUCAGUAUUCUGGCCAAGGCCAAGGUCUUCCGCUCAGAGAUGGAAAAGGAGAGAAAGGCGCGCGAAGCUGAAGAACUCAAGAACAAGGAGCGCAUGGACAAGAUCCAGUCCCAAUUCGAUGAUACAGCUAGCGAGUGGGAGAAGGACAAGUCGGAGAUUGUCGAUGCGCAGAAAGCAGCAGAUUCUGCCAAGGGAGCAGUUGGAGGUGCGAAAGAUGCUAUUGGAAAUAUCAAAGAAGCGGCCAAGGAAGUGGCAGGAGGGGCCAAAGCUGCAGCAAAGGACGCAGCUGAAGACGUCAAAGAUACCGCCAAGGGACUAGGCGACAAGGUCGAGAAGGCAGCCGAAGCAGUUGUGAAAGACAAGGGGGCUGCGGCA